AUGUCCGGCAAACAAUCCACCAGUUCCACCAACACCGCGGCGCUCCCGCGUUCCCUGCAACUGCUCCUGCAAAAACAGCAAGAGUACGCCGCGCUCCAGGCGCUCAAGGAGGCGAGCGGCGACCUCGUCGGACGAGUGGAGAAGCUAUCCGAAAUGACGAAUGUCAUGGCCGACGGCGGAGAAGCCGUUGCCAAGGUGCUCCAAAACUGGGCAUAUGUCUUUAGCGUCCUCGGAAGUCUGGACAUGACCCGUGGCGAGGAGGGCGAGCCCGUGCCCCAGAUGAUUCGCCUGCCCCACCCCGAGGCCGAGGCCGCUGCGGCUGAGGAAGAGGCUGCUGCUGCUGCCGCCGCCGCUGCGCAGGGAAGACAAUGA